AUGAUUUUCUUGUUGGCGUUGUCCUUUUUUCACAUCGGUACUUUUGCGGUUGCCGCGGAAGAUUUUAACCCGCUGGGAAGGGGAGUGUAUCUUCCUCAGUUUGACUUGCUUGGAAACUUGCGCGAAAGUGGAUCUCAGGUACUGCGUUCUUCAGCUGUGCCGCAAUGUACUAUUACAGCUAAACAGGACGUCUCGAGCAGGGGAUUCAAGUUUUACAAAAACACCGAAGAAUUCUACUCUUCCAUGACCACCUCCUCAGGUCUGGAAAGCUCUCUACAGACUGACUUUUCCUUGAGCCAAACACUUGAUCAAGCAUCAGAAAACGUCGGUGGAAGUGACCGGAGAGUGACUGGUAAUUCACUUUAUUUUGUCGCAUCCUAUCGUCAAGAAAUAUUGAACAAAGACUGCCUGAAUUAUGGAAAAGAUUUUGACGAAAAGUUUCUGGAUAGUUUUCAAUCACUGCCAGUCAACAUUCCACAGCCGUGGAUGGACUCGGAUUGGAAAGAGUAUGAUAUCUUCCUUAAGAAAUACGGCUCCCAUGUUUUCACGUCUAUUUCGGUAGGAUCGAUGAUCAAUCAAAUGGCAUUUGCUGAGACUUCCGAUUCCUACACUGAACGAGAUUUCCAGGUCAAAAGCUGCAUGUCCCUGGGUAUAUCAUCGGCGUUUGGAGUCUCGAUGUGUUCCGAUAUUGACAAAAGUGAAGCAUCGCGAGUGUCAAAGAUGAACAUGAGGGGCGAGCUUGUCAUUAAAGGAGGGACCACUGAAACCCGAAACGAACUCAUCAAGAACCGCACAGCCGACCUGAUUGAAAAAUUCAUGAAUGAAGCCAACGCCACUAACGCUGCAAUCCAGUAUACGUUAACCGCAACCUGGGAUAUCCUCUUGUUUCUUUAUGUAGGUAAAGAUAACGAUAACUUCAUCAGAGCUGUCAAUCUCGAGUCCUACUACCUCGGGUUUCUCAAUUAUGGCUGCAACUAUCAGACAAAUGGUGGACAAGAUUUGCAGAUGUUCAACUUGGUGAAGGGUUCUUCCCCUACCUCACCCCAGUACGAGUGUUCUCUGGCGCCAGAAGGCUGUCAUAGAAAUGACGAUUGUCACGUCAAGGCAUUUAGUCGAUGCCGUUGCUAUGGUACCUCGUGCAUUAAGUACGAGAAAGUGACACUGGACACUGGGAAGACAAAGAAGAACGCUCACGUCAACAGGGACGACAACUCAUUGAAAGGGCAUGGAUGCAGCUACAAAUCGUCAAAGGCACAGUGUUACUGCACGGAUGAAUCAAAACAGCGUACUGUCGUAUGGCCCGCUAAAAGGGGAAGUAAAGAUGUUUUGUAUAAAGCACAUCACCUAAACUUGAAGCAACUCGUGUGUGACAGAAAGGAGGCUUAA